UUUAGAAUUUUUUUUAAAAAAAUUGAAAAAUUUUCAUGGGGGGAGGAGAGAAAAAGCUCCUCCUCUUUCCUCUCUCCGCUUCUCCGUUUCCUUUGAUUUCUCUUUCACUCGUCAAUUAUUUUUUGCGCUCUUCUUUUCUUUUCUCUCUCUUUUUUAUUUUUAUUUUUAUUUUUUUAAUUUUUCUCUCCCUCCCUUCUUUCGCUGUUCCACUUUCUUGGAGAUCUUUUACUAGACUAUUCGUUUUGAUUUUUUUCUUCUUGAGGAAUAAUUGUUGGAAUGGAAAGCGUUUUCUUAUUUCCCUUAUUUUUUUCUAUAUGGGAAUGUGAUCUGAGAUUAUAAUUUGAUGGGUUUUAUUUGCUACUUUGAGUAUUUUUAUUGAUACCCAUUUGUUUUUGAUUCAUCAUUCUGCUUUUCUUCUUUAUGGGUUUUGGUAAACGAGAUCGUGACGGUGUAUAAGCAUUUUGAUUUACUCUGUUUUGAAUUGAAACAUGGGGGAAGCAAAUGAAGGAGGAAGUAGAGGAAUGGAGAAGGUUCCUCUGCCAACUGAAAAAUACCCAACAGAUCUGUUGCAGAGAUUCUUGUGUAGCAAUUCACAUCAGACCCAAAUUCGGGGGUUUAAUGGAGAAGAAGAUGAUGCAGAGGAGAUUGAGCUUAAUCUUGGGCUUUCACUUGGGGGUCAAUUUGGGGUUGACAAAAAUUCCAAGAAGCUGAUUCGGUCAUCUUCUAUAGCCGGUACCAUGCUUUUGAGGGACGAUGAGGCCUCUACUCCGGCAGCCGUAUCGUACCCGGCAGCGCUUAUUCGGACCUCAUCCCUUCCGCCGGAGUCGGAGGAGGAGUGGAGGAAGAGGAAGGAAUUGCAGACGUUAAGGCGAAUGGAGGCUAAAAGGAGGCGAUUUGAGAAGCAGAGGAAUAAGGAUGGGAUUGGGAUGGGGACCGCCGGGUGUUUUGAAGAAGAGAGGCGUGAAAUUGAAGGUCUUACAGGAUUGAAUUUGAGAGAGAGAAGGCCUGGUUCCGGUAUUUCGACGGUGGCACCACCGUUCGGGUUGUCGACAUGGGCUGCAGCUGCCCGACAGGCUCUUACUGGUGGAAUUAUGGAUGAGAUUGGCAAAGGCAAAGGUGGCUGUAUAUCCAGUGGCGGCGGCACUGGCGGCGGAGGUUUACCCGGUGUCGGGCAGCCUGCGUCUCAGUGCUCUGCUGAAUCGCAGGGCGGAAGCUCGUCGGGGAUGUCGGAAUUGGAUAGCAAACAGAUCCAAGGAUCAAGCAGUUAUGGUGAAGCGAGAAGUUCCUCACAAGAGCGAGGCAACCCAGAGGCUGCAGGUUCUUCAGGGUCGAAGAUGUGUGAGAAUCCGUUUGGCAGUUCCAAAACAGAGACGAAAAAUCCAUCCAAGAAGCCCGAUUCAGGUGAGAACAGGGGGAGAGAAGCGGGAAUGACGUCGAUGGAAGACAUGCCAUGUGUGUUCACAAUAGGGGACGGGCCAGACGGGAGACGGGUGGAAGGAAUUCUUUACAAGUAUGGAAAAGGGGAGGAAGUGAGGAUAAUGUGUGUUUGCCAUGGGAAGUUUCUGUCACCAGCUGAGUUUGUGAAGCAUGCUGGUGGAAAAAACGUGGCUCAUCCCUUAAGACACAUUGUUGUCAAUCCAAAUUCUGGUCCUUUUUUGUGAUGUGUGGUUACAAUCCUUGCCAACCCCCAUCAAACAUUUGGGGAGCCUUCAAAUAGGAAACAUAGAGAACUUAGUGUUUUAAGUGAAAAGAGAUACUUUGUUAUUAUACUUGAUUAUUUUUCUUACCUUGUAGAGUGAGUCAUGUCUUGAAAGAGAUUUUUGAAUGGCUCUCAGCUGGAGAUUUUAUGGAUCAAAGUAUUCAUAUUUCUUCCUCAUUUUAA